GCCGGGAUGCAUCUAUGACUGGGUGAAGGUGAAUACAGGCAGCGCUGAAGUUGUGUUCUGUGGUCUGACGGCCAACGGGCUGACGCUAAACUCAACGGGGAACCAGAUGGUGCUGUCUUUUACCUCCGACUUCAGUGUGCAGAAGAAAGGCUUCAGAGUUAGCUUCCAACAUGUUGCUGUGGCCCUGAGGAACCAGAAGAUCAAGAUGAGCAGCGGCGUCGGGCAGAUCACCAAGGUCGCCAAUUCUGUUUCCAUCCCUGCGCUGAGUCAGCUGACCAUAUGCUUCGAGGUGGAGCGCAACAGCCUGAAACAGAAAGAAUGGAUCUUCACUUACUCCAACAACAGCAGCGCCAUGUUGCUGAGUCUUGGUUCCGAUGGCACGGGGAUGAAGAUGGUGGUCGAUGGAGUGGUCUGUCCAAUAGACAACAUCAUCUUACCAUCUGACUUCACUUACUCCAUGAAGUCCUUCUGUGUCAUCUGGACAUCAUCAAAUGGACGUGUGGCGGUUUACUUCAAUGGGAACUACUGGGCCAAGGCCUGCUCCAGCUCCACCGGACACUCCGUGCAGGCUGGGGGAGAAUUCCGGAUAGGAAGUCAGCAGCAGAGCUUCGAUGGGAACAUCUACAACCUGCGGCUGUGGGAUUACGCCAUGUCCAUUCAGCAGCUCGGCGCAUUAAAGUGUGACAACGUGGGGAAUGUCAUUGACUGGGACAACAGCUACUGGACCAUCCCGGCCUCUCUGGCCCAGACGGACACCUCGCUCAGCUGCAGCGUCUUCCCAGUGAGCAACGCACCCCUCAAUACUAACUGUGACUCACCUGCGCUGGGCUGCCCAGAGGAGCAGUUUUACCGAUUUGAGUUUGUUGUGGAUGACAGCAGAUCGCAGACGACACGGGAGACGCUUAAAUCAGCCGUGGCUCUUUGGCUCAAUCAGACCUUUCAGGACUGGAUCCACAAAGUCUACGUGGACAACAUCAGUGUUCAGCUGAGUCCACAGACUGCAGGAAACCUGAGCAGCUACGAGUGCCGUGGUCUGCUGGUUUAUACCGAGAUCACCAACGAGAGCCUGAGCCUCAUCGAUGAUGCGUCUGCCCGGCUCAGACAGGGGAGCGUGGCAGAGGGUGUGGCGAUCCAGAGCGCCUCUGUGGAAGUCAAACGGAUUGAAAAUUGUCCGGAUGACCCGCCUUGGCCUGAAACCAGACCGACCGUUACUCGGUACCAGCCCUGCUUCCCCAACAAGAAAUGGAGGACCUGUUUAAUCAGUUCACUGAACUACUCAUCGUACUGGUCAGAUCCAAACAGCAGCAACUGCACUGAUAUCGACUCCAUCCAAGUGUCAGCAGAAAAUGCAUCUGAUGUAGCGGAGCAGCUCAAAGUGUUCACCAACAACAAGCUGAAUGAGAAAGAGGUGUCUAAAGUGGUGUCAAAGGUGGAACAACUAGUGAACGUAGCCAAGAUCAACAUCACAUUAGCCUCCAGCAUCGUCACCAUCAUCUCUAACGUCAUGAUUGGCUCAGUUACAGUCCCGUCGGCCUCAGACAAAGCUCUGAAGACCAUGGACGAGUUGGUGCAGAAGAUCCAGUUUGAUGGUCCGUCCAUCAAGAUCAAUUCCAAGAAUCUGGCUGUGGGAAUUCUGGCCCUCAACACGACGAUGUUCAACGAAACGACCCUCACCGCCUUCAUGUCUCCAAACAAGUCUGACCCACAGAUCGAUUUUAAUUCUAAGUCUGAGCAGCCGAAUCCUUUAGCUCAGGUCAAACUUCCCGCCUCUCUGCUGUCCAGCGUCUCUCGUGUCGAAGCCGACACACUGUCCAGGAUCAGCUUCAUGUUCUUCAACAGCCCCAGUUUUUUCCAGAAAAAGGAGGAAAAUGAAUUGAUCAGCUACGUAGUAGCGAGCAGCGUGGGGAACUUCUCCAUCCGCGACCUGACGGACCCAGUGAGGAUCGAGAUCGCUCAUCGCUCUGAGCAGGCUUCUGGGAAUCUGGUCUGCGUUUUCUGGGACUUCACUAAGAACGAUGGAACUGGAGGUUGGAACAAAGAAGGCUGCAAAAAAGACUCCACCGAAUCCACGGCCAACAAAACCGUCUGCCUGUGCAACCACCUCACACACUUCGGUGUCCUCCUGGACAUCUCUCAGACUUCGGCCUCCAUCGAUGAAAAGAACAACAAUAUCCUGACCUUCAUCAGCUACAUCGGCUGUGGGAUCUCCGCCAUCUUCUCUGCUGCCACGCUGCUCACGUACAUCGCCUUCGAGAAGCUGCGGCGUGACUACCCGUCAAAGAUCCUGAUGAACCUCAGCACAUCCCUGCUGUUUCUCAACAUGGUGUUCCUGCUGGACAGCUGGCUGAGCACCAUGGAAAACAAUGGGCUGUGUAUGGCUGUGGCCAUUUUCCUCCACUACUUCCUGCUGACCACCUUCACCUGGAUGGGGCUAGAAUCGGUCCAUAUGUACAUCGCUCUGGUCAAAGUUUUUAACACCUACAUCCGCCGGUACAUCCUGAAGUUCUGCAUCGUGGGGUGGGGUCUUCCUGCUGUGCUGGUUGUGAUUGUCGCUGCGGUGGACAAAGACGCGUACAAAGCAGCAGAAUACAAAGGAGGGUCAAAGUUCUGCUGGAUUACCAAUGAAGCCGUCUUCUACACCACCUGCGUCGGUUACUUCUGCCUGGUGUUUCUGCUCAACAUGGCCAUGUUUGUCGUGGUGAUGCUGCAGAUCUGUGGACGCAACGGCAAACGCAGCAACCGCACGCUGCGGGAAGAGGUUCUCCGAAACCUACGGAGCGCCAUCAGCCUCACCUUCCUGCUGGGAAUGACCUGGGGGUUCGCUUUCUUUGCCUGGGGACCGGUCAAGCUGACGUUCAUGUACCUCUUCUCCAUCUUCAACUCGCUGCAAGGUCUCUUCAUAUUUAUUUUCCACUGCGCCUUGAAAGAAAAUGUGCAGAAGCAGUGGAGGAGAUACCUCUGCUGUGGCCGAUUCAAGCUGUCAGACAACUCAGACUGGAGUAAGACAGCUACCAACAACACCAAGAAGGUGAGCUCAGACAACCUGGGCAAGUCUCUGUCCUCCAGCUCCUUUGGCUCCACCACCGCCAACUGGACCUCCAAGGCCAAAGCGACGCUCAACCCGUUCAAACGACAUAGUAACACAGCUAAAUGCUACUCCAGACAGACCAAUCCAAAGUGCAUCUCCUCAUCCUGUUCCUCCUCAGAAGUGGAGCCCAACUCCUCUUCCUCCUCGUCCUCCAUCCUUCCUGUCAGCCAGAUGAUUGACAAGGUGAAAGAUUACUGUUCCACACACUCUGACAACUUCUGCAAGAACAUCAUCAUGCCUGACACCUGCACCCACUGCACCAGGUUUUAGAUUGCCCUCAGCACUUCUGC